AUUAACAAUCAAAGGUCGGAACUUUCGAAGGUUUUAGUAUCCGUCGCCGUCGAUUUGUUUGUCGGUCACCGGUAGGGUUUAAGGUGUCUCUCAUACACUCUCCUUUUAAUUGCCACCUUAUAUAAUCAAAUCACUCUUCUUCUUCUUCUUCUUCUUCUCCUCUAACCCAAUUCACUAGACGGACCUUGGAAGAUGAAAAGGAAAGGUACGAGUCCGAAGCAAUCUAAACCCUCGAAGAAGACGAAGAAGAACCGUAAAACCAAAACCCAUCAAGUUGAUGAUUCUCCGGUUGAGUUAGUAGUAGAAACUAAACCGUGUGACCAAACCGAAACGGUUACGGAGGUUAUUGCUGAAGAGCGUCAAUGGAAGAACCUUGAGCUUAUACUUUCGUUGCAGAGCAAAGAAUUGAGCGAGCAAGAGAAGGUGGAAUUGGCUUACAGUUUUGUUAAAGGUUAUGGAGGAGAAAAUGGAACUGACGAGGGUGAAGAGUGUCAAGCGGUUAAUAUAUCGCGGCCGAUUGUGUUUCUCAUCGACUGGAUCAUGUCACUGUUGAUUUCUAAAGAAAAAAAUCAUUCCCUGACGGGUGAGUUUGAUUCUCAACCAGCUUUGGACUUCAGGUGUUGGGAUAUCUUCAGCUUCUGCUUGAAGCAGUCAUCAAUCUUGGGCGUCUCUUUUAGUUUGCCAAGAAACCUUUUAAACGCUAUUAGGGUUUUCAUGGAAAAUGUUUUAGCUGCACUGAACAGGUCUUUAUAUUCGGAGGUCGAUUUCCGCAAUGGUGAAGGUUUUAAAGUUUACAGCUCUGUGGUUUAUUGUCUAGGCUUGUUGUUUUCAUCCAAAAGUAGCAUGUCCAGCGACAAUUUAGACUUGUGGAUUCCAACUGUUGAACCAGUUCUGAUGCUCACGCGUAAAGUUCUUGCAGAGAAUAUGAAGGAUAGUCUUGGUGAUAGGUAUUUUCUUCAGCUCUCUUGUUUGGUUCUUGAGCCAUUCUCUAAGUUCUUGAUGACCCAUCCAAAUACUAAGAGGAACGGGAAGAACGGGUUUCGUGAUUUUCUGGACAAGCUUUUUAAGCCAUUCUUGGAUGUGUUGGGUCUAUUAAACCUCAGCGAGGACAAGCACGCGGAUAUGGAAACAACCUUGCUGAAGUUGAUUCAAGAAAUAUUAUCUCUGGCUUUGUUCCAUUCAGCUCAUAUUGAUGGGUUCUUAGGUCUGGGCGGAGCGAAAAAUAUGGUGCAAAGCUAUCAUCGGCAUUUCUUUGUUAAGUUCGAGAAUAUGUUAUUUAUGAAGGAGGAGUUGGAGCUGAACUGUAUGGGGUCAUUGUUUAGGUUGUUUAUUAACAGAGUGAUAAAACAACAAGGAGAUUCAAAUCAGUUGCAGGAAGGCAUGACGACAACGGCCUCAACUGCCGGACAAGCAGAAAGGCCAUGGAAGCUGCAAGACACAGCUAGUGUCAGUCAUUGCACAAGUGCCCUCCGCCUGGAGACACGGAAAUCACUUUUUGAUUUCUUCCUGCAUCUUUUGGGACCUAUAUUACUCAAGGUCGAUGAAUAUAAACAAUCUUUCUCUGAAAUGGCUCCUCUAUUGGCUGAUUUAUGUUGUGUUAUUAAAACAGCUAAUAGUUUGCUGUUCCACUUUGCUCAUGAGCGAAUAUAUGUGAAGACAGAGGAUGCAUCUGGAGGAGCUUGCUCUGUUUUUUUCAAGAAGAUCUUCGAAACAAUAGUUUCAGUUGCUUCUCAGUUAAAAAUUCAUUAUCCAUAUAAUGAUGCGUCAGAGAUGCAUGUUUUGUUAGCCAAGGAGCUAGUAACUGCAAUAGGCUACCUGUUACAAAUUGAAUACGAAGUCAUUGAGAGUGAUUUAGUUACUUUGUGGCUAAUCAUUCUCUCUUUCCUGGAGUUUAGUAGUUUUUCACCAGAGAAUUCAGAAGACGACUGCCCGUUGACGUCAUUGUUACUUGGUCUUGGAUGUCAGCUGAUAAAUCUAUAUAGUGACCUACGCCAGGUAAGUGUUGCUGUAGUUUCCCUGUGCAAAGCUGUAAGGCUUGUGAUACCUGUUGUAACACCUGCUGAUGGUGAUAAUGAUAAGAUGAUCGACGCUGGAGAGCUUCUUCUAGCAACUGUGUUCCCUUUAGAAAGAAGUGAAAAAUCAGUGGAAAAGCUCUUGACAUCUCAAGAUUUAAGACUUGUGAUACAUAGAGCUAUUAAAGUGAUACCAGAAGGCCAAGCAAGUGGUUGUAUCACGAGCUUGGCAACAGAUUUAUCAGAAACCAUGAUGUGGAUAAAAGAAGUUUGUUGCUCAACAAGUGCUGGAGCACAAGAUGGACCAGUGGCAGCAUUCUUGGCCGUAUCUUUGUCUGAUAUAUAUUCACUUAUUCUCGACUCACUAACUAUUACAACAGGUAAUAGUAUCCCUGUUGGCCAGUCCAUGAAAGAUCUGCUGGACCUCAUCAGUCCAUCCUUAACUCAUCUGGUUUCUUCAGACUCAGAUUGCAUUGAAAAUUUCUUUUCUGCUGUCACGGAAAUGCGUUUGGACAUUAUAAUGGCUAAAAGGAAGAGAGCGACCUACAGAAAGUCUGUGCGCUUGUUUAUUGUUUUUAUCUUGCGUAUUUACAUGUCUUCCAGAAGCUUAUAUAGGCAGGUGACUAGUCUUAUGCCUCCCAAAAAACAAAAAGAUAUGGCUAGUAUUAAGGGCGACUCUGUUGCAGCUCGUUGCGGAAGUGAUUGGAUAAAAGAGAAAAGCUGGAAUUAUGAGGGCUAUUUUUCAUUGAUCUCUCAACCUUCAGCUUCCAUUGUCGACAUCAUUAAACACAUUUCCGCUAUUUACCUGAAGGGUGACAGUGCAGAUUGCUGUUUGCUGAUAUAUUUAUUGUAUAGAGUCACUCUUCAGAGACUUGUUGAUUUGAACAGGCACAUCAAAUCACUUGAUUAUGUGUCACAGAUAAGUGAUAAUCAGGUACAUGGUACAAUGCUCAAGCAUGUAUCAGUUCUUAAGCUUGAAGGAGAAGAGCUUACUGAUUUCCUUUUGGGUAACAACAUCAUAUCAGGAUUUGCUGAUGUUGGAACUUUUGAAAUGAUAGAAGACACUGAUCAGCGGAUUCUCAGGUUUUCUGGCAUCAACCGAAAGUGUUUGCCUGCUUUGCGUUUGUGGCUUCUUAGCCAGCAUAUUGAUCUUUGGUGCCCCCAUGCAGGAAAAAAGAAAUUGAAGAAUUUUCUGUCUCAGCUAAUAGGUAGUUCUGUUCCGUCAAUAUUGAACGGAGUGGGUAUGUCUACUCCUGACUGGGAGAAUAAUGUAGACAACGGCAGUCAAAAGAAGAAAUUACGGUUGGAACAGUUCUCGUUAAGACUUCUUUUUGAUUCAGUACUUUAUGAGCAUGAAUUUGUUCGCAGAUAUCUGGCGCCGAGUUUCUCUCACGUACUGAAAACGACAGCAGAAGUUUUUUUCAUGGAAUUUACUGAAGAAGUUAACUUUGAUUCACCGUCAGAUUGGUCGGAGGUGUUAAUCUUGCUUGAAAAGGCAAUUGCCAAUUUACCGGGAAAGCUUCAAUCAGAAGCCUUUCUAGAAGCACAUGUGUCACAGGUGGACAAUCCGAAGUUCACAGCUUGUCAAAAUUUGCUAAAUCUUUUAUGUGGGAUGCCCAAGGAGUAUAUGAAUAAGAAAUCAUUCCAACUUCAUGCAAGUUAUGUUCUCGACCUUGAGAGGUUUAUAGUUUUCAGCAUGUUGAGAUGUUUGAACAAGCUGUCUCCGGGUGAUAUGCAAAACCUUUUCAGCCUGUUCAUCACUUGCAGAAAAACUUUGAAAAGUAUUGUUAUGGUUUCUUGCGACAAGGUGCUAGGAGCUUCCAAGUUACCUUUAUCAAAUAGUUCGUUGUUGGCUUCUUGGCUUUUCAAAUCAGCACAAGCUGUGGUAACUUGUCAAGUGAGAUUUAGGAAUGAUUUUACAGGAAAAGCAAGGGACGCUCUCUUUUCUUUGAUGGAUCACACAUCAUAUACGUUUCUAACCGUAAGUAAAUAUCAAUUCAGCAAGGCACUACCGUUGUCUGAUAAACAACUCAUUUCAUCAGAACUUUUGGACGGAGCUGGACAAGGGGACCUUAUAUUUGAGAGUUUGACAGAACAGGCAGAAACUUUACUAAAUGCUUUGAAGGUUACCUUUAGGGAUGAGGAAACUGCCUUUGAAUGUGAGACGCUGAUACUGAACAAGUUAACACCUAUAUUUUCUUCUUUUAGUGGAUUGUUGUGGGGAUUAGCAUCUGCAGUGGGUCACAGAGAUAUGGAUAAGAAUCAUCAAAACACAAAACUGAAAUGGAAAUCAGAACAAUUCUCGAAGCUUUCCCGCAUUAUCCGUGUGCUUAGCAAUUUUUUUGAGGUUUUUGCACAGUGUCUGUUUUUCAGUGGUGAUUGGCUGCGGGAAAUCCAAACCAAUAUUAACUGGACCAGCUUGUUUGAUGGGACCGAGGGUUCAAUUGGUAUGUGUGGUGACGUGGUAGAGACUACUGAUGUGAAAAAGAAAAUUAUUGAGAGCAUGAUAAAGGGUGAUACUUCGGAAAAAGUAUUGGCACUCAGGCAUCUGUUAAUUGCUUCUGCUGCUAUCCUAAGGCUAAAUCUGCAGAUUGAUGGCAUUACCUUCUCACCUACAUUUGUCUCUAUUCUCACAGGCAUUUCAAAUGAUCUACUGUCUGAAUUCGCAGAUAUGAGCGAGGUGCCGUUUGAAUUCUCAUUUAUUUGGUUGGAUGGUGCAGUGAAAGUUCUUGAAGAACUAGGGAGCCAAUUAUGCUUAUCUAACCCUUCAUUAAACCAAGAUCUGUAUUCAAAGUUGAUUGAGUUGCACCUGAAGGUGAUUGGGAAAUGCAUAUCACUACAAGGAAAAGAGGCCACCUUGGAAUCUCACGAGACAGGAUUUGGUACUAAUGCAAUCCAUGCGAAGCAACUGUUAUUAGCAAAAAAUCAGUCUCACGGAUUGCACUGGUUGGAUGAAUUAAAACAGAGGCUUAGGAUGUCAUUUAUAGUUUUUAUACAUAGUUCCUCAGAGUUACACUUAUUUUCUGGAGUACAGGCUAUAGAAAGAUCACUAGUUGGAGUAUGGGAAGUGUGCCCAGCUAUCUAUUGCAUACAGACUGGAAACAGAGAUGGGGGCAGAAUCUCUGAAACCGCCGCUGCUGGUCUUGACUGUCUGGACCUAAUUCUAGAACAUGCCACAGGUCGCAAACGUUUGAAUGUGGUUAAAAGGCACAUCCAAGGCUUAAUAUCUGCAGUGUUCGGUAUCAUGGCUCACAUGCAGAGUCCAUUUAUUUUCUUCACAAAUGCAGUUGUUGGCAACGAAGGUGCCAAUUCUCCGGAUGCUGGGUCAGUAAUUCUCAUGUGUGUUGAAGUCUUGAUAAGAAUAGCAGGGAAACACGCUUUGUUUCAGAUGGAUUCAUCACACAUAAGCCAAUCCAUACAUAUUCCCGGAGCAAUUUUUCGAGAUUACCUUCAGAUAAUACCAAGGGUGGGAUUCUCGGUUCUAGAUGGAAAUUUGUUAUGUCAGGAUGAUGAGCAACACGAUCUGUUAGGAAGCUCAAAAGAUCUUCAAGUAGACCAGAAAUUCUCGAUGAGCCUGUAUGCUGCAUGCUGCCGACUAUUAUAUACAGCUGUUAAGCAUCAUAAGAGUGAAACUGAGGGGUCCAUUGCUACACUCCAAGAAUCUGUCUCUGCGCUUCUUUAUUGUUUGGAGUCGGCAGGAAAUAAAUUGGGCAAUUAUGAUUCAUGGGAAGUGGAAGAGGGAAUUAGAUGUGCUUGUUUCCUCCGGAGGAUCUAUGAAGAGCUAAGACAACAGAAGGAGGUCUUUGGACAGCAUUGUUUCAAGUUCUUGUCAAGUUACAUAUGGGUUUCUUCCGGUUAUGGACCUCUUAAGACGGGUCUCAAAAGGGAGGUAGAUGAAGCUUUAAGACCUGGUGUGUAUGCUCUUAUAGACUCUUGCUCACCUAACGAUCUUCAAUAUCUCCAUACAGUAUUUGGUGAAGGUCCUUGUAGAAACUCUCUAGCAACCCUGCAACAAGACUACAAGCUGAAUUUCAAGUACCAUGGAAAAGUCUAGAACAGUCACAAAUUAGUUUUCUGCUUUUCUUGUUAAAGUUGUAAAGUUGGGCAUUCUCUAGAGUCUCUAGACCACCAGACUGUGGUCAAUUUUGUUCUUAUUGCAUUCCUUUAUGAAAAUUACAAUAAAAUCCAAACCAUGUGUUUUUCCUAA